AACCCCAUAACAUAAACCCUAAAUCGUCUUCCCAAUCCAUCAAUUCCUCCACAAAACCAGAGGCCCAGCAUCUUCGAACUUUCUUCAUUCUUCAGAGAAGUCUAAAAUAGAAACAGGUAACUAUUGUUGCAAGGGAAAUGGCGAAGAAGAAUAAAUCUUCGAAAAGAAAAGCUAGAGAUGGUGAUGUAUCCAAAGCUGAUGGAUUUACUUCUGAGAUUUCUGGUAAAAGUCUUGGAGAUCAUAUAGAUGGAGUUCGUGUCGACAAUGAUUUGAAUGAGCCGACCAUGGGUGAGAAGCUUGCAAGCCUAAACUUGACAGAAAUCAGAGAACCCAAAAGCCGUGAAAAUGUUGAGUUUUCUUCUCCAACAAAGCCACCUAGUGCGGACUCCGUUCAUAUUUUGCUUAAGCAAGCUUUACGAGCUGAUGAUCGAGCACUUCUAAUAGAUUGCCUGUUCAGACAAGAUGAGAAGGUAAUAUCAAAUUCAGUGUCGUUGUUGAAUCCAUCUGAUGUUCUCAAGUUUCUACAGUCUCUCAUAUCAAUAAUCCAAUUGAGGGGUGCUGUACUGGCUUGUGCUCUUCCAUGGCUUAGAAGUUUAUUACUUCAACAUGCUGGUGGAAUAAUGUCUCAAGAGUCUUCUUUGGUUGCCCUUAACUCUUUAUAUCAGCUUAUAGAAUCUAGAGUCUCAACUUUUAACCACGCUCUUCAAUUAUCAAGUUGCUUGGACUUGCUUUAUGCAGAGACUGUUGAUGAUGAAGAGGAAGAUAAUAGUAAGGUAACACCGAUCAUAUAUGAAGACAACGAUGAGAGUGGCGAUGAGGGAUCCAUGGAUUCCAUGGAAACGGAAAGCAAUCAAGACGGUGAACAGCCUCAUGUUUUUAGUGAUUUUACUGAUGAUGAAAUAAGUGACUAGAUUGAUUGCUGACAUGCCUUGCCCUCUGUUGUUUUGGAGUCUUUUUUCUUCAUUGUUUUACAUCACUGAAUCUCAGGCUUAAAUAUGUUUUGGUUAUUUUGAUAUGCUAAGAUUUUACCAUUCAAAAAAUUCCUGAAUUUUUAUUCUUUCUUUUAAAUAUAUGAGGCUAGUUUCAGCCUCCUUGAGAACA